UUAUGUGUCCGAUGCACAAGCCUAAGGUGGGAGAUGAGAAUCAGCUGAUGAACGUUGCAGUCUUCCGCCGCGUCUACAUCAAUCGCGACGAGAAUCGCCAGAUCGCCAGCAUGAUGCAGCAGGGCUACAUGCACUACUGCCUGCGCGUCGGCAGCCUAGUCUUUCAGAACGUCGGCCAGGUGCUGCCUCACCAGCUGGCAGCGUUCCACACCGUUGGUUUCAAGGCGACGCGGUUCUACUGGAGCAAGCGUCAGGUACACAAGCGUGCGCGCUACGUGUGCACGAUCACCGAGCAGGCCGGCAAACCACAGUUCAACAUCUCCGUCAUAGAGAAGAACCACGCUGAAGUGAAGCUGUCUGGAAGCUCUGCAGCUGGUGAGUGCGGUUUAGGUUUGUACGCGGCGAGGGAGAUAGAGAAGCACACGAUGUGUAUAGAGUACAUCGGUGAACUGAUCAGGAACGAAGUCGCUGAGAAUCGCGAGCGAAUCUACGAGACACAGGUACGCAUGCUAGGGGGCGCCACCAUCGCCCAGUCCUCCGGGCGGGCUCCAGGAGGGCAGCACGUAGUGUUGUGCGUGCUUCGGGAGGGCAGCACGUGGUGUU